UCCGGGGAGAGCGGAUAUAGUGAAUGCAGGGUCCGGGGAGACCGGAUAUAGUGAAUGCAGGGUCCGGGGAGAGUGGAUAUAGUGAAUGCGGGGUCCGGAGAGAGCGGAUAUAGUGAAUGCUGGGUCCGGGGAGACCGGAUAUAGUGAAUGCAGGGUUCGGGGAGAGCAGAUAUAGUGAAUGCAGGGUCCAGGGAGAGUGAAUAUAGUGAAUGCAGGGUCCUGGGAGAGUGGAUAUAGUGAAUGCAGGGUCCGGGGAGAGCGGAUAUAGUGAAUGCAGGGGUCCGGGGAGAGCGGAUAUAGUGAAUGCAGGGUCCGGGGAGACCAGAUAUUGUGAAUGCAGGGUCCGGGGAGAGCGGAUAUAGUGAAUGCA